CUUCACGCUCACUCAUCCUCUCAUUCUGCUCCAAAUUAUUCUUUGUGUGUCCGUGUAUGAUCGCUGAAACAGUCGGCAACCAUGGCCAACAGUAUGGACAGGCCAGAUUACCCCGGCUUGCUGCAACAAUUACAGCCUGCUCAGGCGGCUGAUAUUCUUAACGAUCGUGUGCGCCAGGUCGGGAGGUUGAAUACUACCAUUGCGGAUUGGCUGCAAGAGCGGACUCGACUUGAAGAGCAAUAUGCAGCCGGCUUGCGUAAAUUGGCGAGACAAAAGGUGGACGAUGCAGACCUGGGUAUUUUCACGGUACCAUGGAAUACCAUGACGAGCUCGCUGGAAACUCUCGCCGAGUCCCAUACUGGCCUUGCAACGAGGAUACAAGCCGAUAUUGAGCGACCACUCCGAGAAUAUGCCACCAACAAUCGCGACAUGCAGGCCAUGACGACCGUUCAAGGCAACCUCAACUCUCUCGCGAAAGAGGUCGAGAAGGGCCAGCAAAAGGUGGAGAAGCUACGGGUCAAGGGCGAAAAGGCGGAUGCAAACAAGGUUGCCGAUGCGCAAUCAGACGUGGACAAUGCUCGUGUUCAAUGGAACUCGCAAGCUCCAUAUGUGUUCAAGGAUUUGCAGUCUUUGGACGAGACACGCUGCAAUCAUCUCCGUGAUCUCUUGACGCAGCUACAAACCCUCGAGGCCGAUCAAAUACAGAAGAGCAGCACUGCGCCGGAGCAGUGCUUGAAUGUUCUGCUCAAUGUGGAGACACAGGAUGAGAUCCAGACAUUCGUGCUACGAGCUAUGUCCAUGGCACAAAACCCAAGUUCUGCCAACGCGAAUCCCAGGAACAGCUUCAUGCCCGGCUCUUCUUCUGGCCCCAAUCGAACGAGCUCUUCACUCGCGGCACCGCCAAGCCGAGAUAGACCGGACGAUGCCACGAGCCAGGUUUCGGAAGAGCCGAAAAAGGGAGGAUUGAAGGGUCUGCGAAGACUUGGUACUGUCAUGUCUCGAAGGAGGGAGAGCAAAUUGCCGGCCAUGCCCUUGCCAUCUACGGCUGAAUCACCUGAGCGAAAGCAGAAGUCCUCGCCAUUUGGCAGACUUGGAAGAAGCAAGGAGUCGUAUUCUUUGGAGCCGCCGCAGGAAGAAAACAAUUCGCAACGCCCUCGUUCACCUCAACGUCUGGGCAGUGAGGCAUUCGAGACACCCGAAACCCGUCAAGGAACCGCCAGGAGUUCUUCUGGAGCUCCACAACUUGGCCCUAUCCCGACACUGAACGGCAACUCGACUGCGACGAGCUCUCAUUCACCGAUUGCCACAAACUUUCCCAACGCGCAGCCAUAUCCGCCGCCUUCCCAGCCAUACCCGAACCAGCCACUGCCUCAGAUUCCUGUGGCCGAGACUCAGAGAGAUGACGAAGGCUUCUCAGUUCCGCCCUCAAAUCUUGAUCCAAUUUCGCAGGCUCAGGCGGAAGCUGCUGCGGAGGCCGGCUCGCCUCAAUUCAACGUCAACAUCCGCAAUGCGCCGAUUGAAGAAGAGGGUGGAGAUGCCGCAUUGGCAAGCGUGGCCACGAAGCUUCAAGCACCCCCAGCAGUUAGUGCACGCCGAGCAGGCACAGUACGCGGUCGUCGCGACGCUCGCAACAGUGCUGCGGUCACAGAGUCUUCUACACCUUCACUUGUGCAGUCGCCUUCCGGUGGCCUAAGCCCUACAUCGCCAACUGCUAGCAGUUUUUCACCUUUCUCACCCGCCUCGGACGCCCAGAUACCGUUCCGUCCUUCUUCGAGAGCACUCAACUCGGAACAGGCUGGCGACAGCAAUUCCAUUCGUUCUGGUCGCAGCACGGCCAGUCAAGGCAUGAGGCAUCCUGAUCUCCACGAGCCAGGUCUCACCUCGUCCAUCAUUGAGACAGUCUCCGCUCGCUUCGAUCAGGGACAGAUUGCGACGUCCUCUCUCAUUGGCGAGAUUGCUCUGGCUUACACUCCCACAGACGCCACCUCCCCUCCGGCAUCACAGACGAUUCGACUGGACCAAUUCUCACGUCUGGAGAAGGUCGCCCCGAACCCAGCUUUUAUCAGUCAGAAUCUCGACAAGGAAGGCGAGUACACCGUCAAUCUCGGCAACAUUGCCAAGACCCAAAUCGCGUUCAAGUACCAGCUUCGCCACGACGAUGCAAACACCCACGCUCCUCUGCUCCUCGUUCCAGCCUACAAAAUUGAGCCGACCCAGGCUUCCGUCAUCGUCAGCUACUCACUCAACCCAGCAUUCGCACUGCAAGGCCGCGAGAGCUUGACCCUUUCCAACGUCCUCAUCGCCCUCACUUUGGAAGGAGCUAAAGGCUCUUCCUGCCUCUCCCGGCCGACUGGCACUUUCGUUCGCGACAAGAAUGUUAUUUACUGGCAACUUGGAGAGGUAACUUUGACUGCUGGUGCUGCGCCCGAAAAGCUCCUCGCUCGUUUCGCUACGGAUUCUGAGGCCAAAGGUGGUAGCAUCGAGGCACGGUGGGAGAUCUCGGGUGAGAAUGCGAGAGGGUUGGGUAGUCCGCUGGGCGUGAGUCAGCUGGCUGGUGCGGGCGAUAGUAGCGCGGAUCCGUUCGCGGACGAGGAUGCCGUUGGCGGUGCGGCGACGGGGUGGAGCGGCGUCCCUGCGGUGAGAAAGUUGAUAAAUGGGAAUUAUGUGGCGAAGUCUUGAGGGAUUAGUGUGGUAAGUUGGAUACUUGUACAUUAUGAUACCCAUUCGCUAGGGACACAGUUGUAUAGAAGAGCAGUUGGAGGUGGCA